AUGGAAAGUAAGAAAGAGCGCCGGUCUCUCAGUAGGCAGUGGUUCACUUUCAGAGGUUUUCGAUUCCGUCCGGAACGAGGCAUGUCUGUUGUCGAUGGGAAACCGAAAAAGAAUUUUCAUGGUUCGAUGUUUUUAUGAAGUUGAAGAUGGGCUGACCGAGGUGAGGUUGACUUUUAACGCAAAAAUAUGUGACAUUCAUUGAAUACAGAUCGUUGAGUUAAUCGCGACGAUCAGAAUGAUGGGUGUGUGGAACAAAGAACGCAAGGCCUGCAUAGAAGAAAUCGAUAAACCCGGACCGAAGAAAUUUGUGAUUCAAUGUCUGAAACACAUCUUUAAGAUUGGCUGCAGUAGCGACGAAUCGACAAGAAUGACGGCGUGGCUGAGUAGGUUAAAACAUGAACUUCUUCAAAAUUAUCAAAAUUAACAGAUUGGUUAAAGCAGGACAAUAAUAACAAUCAAAGACAAUCGUUACUGGGACUAGCAAGCACGACUAUCAACACCUUUUUCUGUCCACAUUGGACUGAUUUAAAUAUUGUGAGUCGACAAUUUCACGCGUACUAUGCGACCUGUAAAGUCAUCUUUCAGAUGAAUUUCUGCAAAGUGCCUGAAUACGAGUUUUGGCGAAUUCCACGUGGUCUUGAUGGCAGUCGCACAAAUUUGGCCAAAAAUCUUCCAGUUCUUACGGGAAACAAGUCCACCAUAGAGCACAUUCUGAGAGAAUACUUUGAUAUGGCUUUCGCCGAAGGAUGCAAAGAUAUUCGGCGUGAUCUUGCAACGCCCGAGCAAGCACAAAAGAAGUAUCUCCACUACAUUGAUGCAGUGGACGAAGGGUUCCAAUACCUGACCGGGAUGUGAGUCUUUGGCACUUUUGUGAUGCGCUCUGAAUUCAAUUUCAUUAUUACUGGUUUCAGGGAUUACAAAACCGCCUUCAGAAAGAUGCCUGUCAUUCUCAAGGAUUCACAGUCGCUCUACUACUGUUUCCUACUGGAAACAUACCUCCAGUACGCACUCCUCGGCAUGUGCAGAAUUUCAGAUGACAAUGGAACAAAGUUGAUUGCUUGGAACUGCUACCUAGAAGACAGAUAUACCGGAUGCAAUCGAGAAGACCUUUUUGGAUUGGGCUUCGAUCUCGCUGGCAAUGAAUUCUACAUGAAAAGUUUUGAUCUCUAUGCAAAAGUGGCUCAGAGACACCCCCAUCAUCAGGAAAUGAUGACGUUGGCCACAGUCGUCGAUUGCAUUCUUUCGGAUGAACAAUUGUGUGAGAGGUUGAUCGAAAAGUACGAAGAAUUCAACAUAACGCCCAAAAUCUUCAUUUCCUUGACGUUUGCUGGUCAUUAUGAAAAGAUCAUCCAGUUCUUUGGGAAGUUCAAAGCUAAUGAGCAAUCUCACGAAAACUGGUUCACUGCAAACGUCUGCUAUUUAUUGGUUUGCGCUCAAAAGAAGAACACGAUAGAAGCAGUGACCACCUGGGCCAAAAUCAUGAAAAUGUGCUCGAAGUGGGGAUAUCUCGGUGUUCUUCGUUUCUCCAGAAACUCCUUUCGUCUCCCGUCGUUCGUAAAUGUCGAGUACGCCGGACACAUGGCAACCCGCAUACUGCGAAACUGUCUCUGGAUCGCCAUCAUGAAGGGAGAAGGAGAAGAAUGGUAUCAGUUCGGAGAGCUCACCCUCACCCUUUGCGAAUCUCUCGAGGAUACGUUUCUCAACCGAAACAUGAUUCGCUGUUUCCUUGUCAAAAUGAGUGUGAGUGUGUUCGAAUACUAAUUCUAAACAUUCCCACGCCUAUAUUUUCAGUUUCAUGCAACUGUGCCUUGCACAUAUUUCUUGUGUUUUCGACGUCACAGCACUUUUGACACAGCAAUCAAAAUAUUCUAUCUAACUAAUCCAAAAAUGGCUACAAGAUUAGAGUAAGAUCUGCAACUUCAAUUUGAAUUAUUAAAAACGAGUAAUUUCAGCAAAGAUAGUCUCAGGCGUGGUUAUCCAAAAAUUUGGCCCCGGCCAGGUUUUCUCAAACCUUGGGAGCUUUUCCAAAAAAGAUCCUUGAUGUUCAAAGUCGUGUUUGACGCUGUACCGUCAGACGUAUUUGCAAAGGAAUCAGAAUGCGGUGGUUUGAUCGAUUCAUGUCAGAUUCCGCAGUUUAAGUUCACCGACGUCGACUUUGUGGAUCUGAACGAAGACGAACUGCGAAUGGACGAGAGACAAAUCUAUGCCAUCCCUCCGGAACUCGUGGAACCUAAUUCGUUUGUAGACAGAGAAACUCUGAUAGAUAAGCUGAUAAGUUACAACAAACAUUUCAACUCUCGCCUCAGCCACCAGCUCGACUGGAAUAUUGAAAUAGCAGAAACGUCUGAUGAUGAGGAUGAGGAAGACGAGACGAUGGUUCCGAAGGAAAGAAAUGCAAAAGAAAAGAAUAUGGAUGAUUGA